CGUUCUGCCCUUCCCGCGCCGCGGGCUGAGGGGCGGCCGUUCCCGGCCUCGGCGAGCCCUCAGCAGAGACCAGCUAGAGAGGUGCAGUCAGUAUGAAGAACAGCAGAGCAGCUCCCAGACCAGUGAUGCUGCCGGCAUGGGAAAUGUGUGCCUACCUGUUCCUUACCAUUGGCUCUCAUUUCUAUUCUUUCUAUGAAGUGUACCAGGUUUCUCAAAAAUACAAAGAUGAAAUUGACAGAAGCUUUGGACUGGAACAAGGGACUCUGUUCUGGGGCCUUAAGAAGGAUGCCUUGGAUUUUGAGUGGAACUAUUGGAUUGAAUGGGGAAGGGAAUACAUACUGUGGCUUCUGGCUGGGCAUCUGCUGGUAUCACAAACAUGCAGGCUAUUCGUGGACAAGUAUAAACCAUGGUGCUUGAUGAUGUAUGGAAUGGCUGCCUGCUGGUUUUUAUUAGGAAUGAAGGGCUUUGCGGUCAUUUUGUUACACGCAGGCAUUUCGUUUGCUGUGGCUCAGUUUCAGAUACCGCUCCUGACGUGGCUGUGCUCACUUCUCCUGUUAUCUACUUUACGCAUACCAGCAGUGGAAGAAGUCAAGAGAAAGUGGUAUGACACUGAAAAUGAGUAUUAUCUGCUUCUCUUCACGGUGUCUGUUCGUUGCCUCUUCAACACAAGUUUCAGCCUGGAAUACUGCUGGCAUGGACAUGCCCAGAAAUCAUCUCAUUCAUUCCUGUGGAUGCUGGCAUAUGUGUUUUACUAUCCCAUGUUCCACAAUGGACCCCUUAUGAACUUUGAUGAAUUUAGUAAGCAGAUGAGGAAACAAGAAGCCUUCAGUUUGAAGACCAAUCUUGGCAUCUUAACCAUGGGCAUAAUUCGUAUUUUCUUUUGGUGGUGCUUGGCUGAGCUAAUGAUUCACUUCAUGUAUAUCCAUGCUAUCUGCAGCACUUCUUCACCUUUGGAAGCUAUGUCGUACUGGGCCUUAGGUGGUGUGGCUUUAGCUCAAGUGUUAUUUUUUUACGUGAAGUACCUCGUUCUGUACGGUGUUGCUGCCCUCCUUCUCCGGAUGGAUGGACUCAGACCUCCAGCCCUUCCUCGCUGUGUGAGCCUGAUGCACAGUUUUACUAAAAUGUGGAGAAGUUUUGAUGUUGGGCUCCAUCGCUUUCUGGUCAGGUACAUUUAUGUUCCCAUGGGAGGAUCUCAGUCCAGUCUGCCAGGAAUGCUCUUUUCCACUGCCCUCACUUUUGCCUUUGUAAGCUAUUGGCAUGGAGGACAGAGCUAUCUGUGGUACUGGGGAGUACUUAAUUGGCUUGGAGUAAUUGUGGAAAAUGGUGUCAAGAGGAUACUUUCUGUUCCAGUUAUUCAGGACUUAAUUGAACGUUUCUUCUCGCCAAGAGUUCAUCGUCGACUUCAUGCUGUCCUAGCAUCUGUUUGCACUUCAAUGUUGAUUUUAUCAAAUCUGAUAUUUCUUGGAGGAAAUCAUGUUGGAAAAAUCUACUGGAACAGGAUCUUUAUGGAAGGCUGGCCAUGGGCAACGCUGACUGUUCUCAGCUUGCUGUACUGCUACGCUCACGUUGGCAUCGAAUGGGAGCAUUCGUACGCUGUGACCCAGGAGUGACGCAGAGCCACGAGUCCUGGACCAGCUUACAGGGUGGGGGCUUUUCUACACCGGACAACUCAUCUGCAGGAGAACGUGCCAGACCGCAUCAACGUGCGAGAGCUAAAAGCUCAUUACACUCAUUCUGGAUUGUGAAUUCAGUAAUCUAAGCAGAAACACUGACGAACUACAGUACAGAGUGAAGAGACCUUAUCAAGUGAUUUGAUUUAUGUUGCUUUUGUAAAACAGUGACACUCAUGUUUGCUGCCAUUUUGACAUACUGAAAAACUCUUUUUUUUUUUUUCCUACACUGUACAAUUCAGACAAACUCCAGUCUCUCAGCUGCUGUCCAGGGGCACCCAGGGCCAUGCCCUGCACUUACAUUACUCCGUGUCCAGCAGGAUGCUCAUCAGUUCUUUUUGAUUUCUUUCUGAUUUAAGGGAGAACAUUACUGAUGUUCUCUCUGGUUGCAGUUUUUCCAUCCAUAAAGCACUUUUCUACCUACUUACUGUAGCAAAGUCUGCUUUUCUCAAUUUCUUUUUUUUUUUUUUUUGUAGUUUUAGGAAUGUAGUUUUUGUUUAUUAAAAAGAUGAAGCUAGGCCUUUUCUUGAUAAAUAAACCAACAUCUUGUCUUUUUAAUCUCACGUGACCUUACUGCUCCUUGGUCUUUAAAUGCUCUCUGCCUUGGGUUAGACUAAAACACAGAGUAUUACCUUUGUGAUGGAGCAAAUCCCACUUGCACAGGAACUGUGGAGUUCGCCUCUUGUGCUUCUCUGCCAUGAAAGGAGGUAACCCAGGGGCUGGCUGGCAAGUCUGCUUCAUUCUCUUUGAACAGGCACUCAGCUCCUGCAAAAUUAAAGAUUCACUAGCUUUAAAGCUUUUAAGAGCUUUAAAAAUAACACAAAACUAAACAGAAUUGUCCAUUACAAUGGCACUCAGUUAACCAGAGCUCUGUGUUCUUUAUCCAGAGUGAGACCUGGUAUAGCAGGUCUUUGCCAAAGCACAAGGCUGCCAAGAGGUGGAAAAGCUCUGCUUGCCAUGGUUUGAAGCAUCAACACUGUGAGACUGCUGUGGCAUGCACUGUCUCCCAACAGGGAGGAGAUCUUACCCAUGUCUGGUAUGAGGCACAUCUCCCAGUCAGUUCCUUUUUAAAUAGAUAUUGAAGAGCAACAUGCCCUACAGUCAUGUGGGCUACGCUUUCCUUUAGGCACAACAAAAGCCUCCAACCCCAAGGAGAGCUGUUGCUGAGAGCAGCUAACUGCUCCCGAAGCAGCAAAACUGCUGCAUGACCUGUGCCCCCAGAAGCCAUCUGAGCCAUCUCAGUGUCCUGCUGUCCAUUGCACAUGCAGCUCUGGACUAGUCUGAUCAAGAUCAUCCCUUCAACAAGAAACUGACACAGGGUUCAGCCUGGUGCCUGCAUUUAAACAAUGUCUCUCCUGCUCAGAAGUACAGCAGACGCUUCAUUCAUGCCUGAAGAAAUAAGGGUAAAGGCUUCAGUUCCCUGCCCAUCCAGACACUCAGCCAUCCUCAGCCCUUUAUUUUUAGGGAAGGAUUUUUACACCACACAAAUGCAGCGUGAAAUCCCUUUCUAGGAAAUACCAUUGAAUAUAAGGCUUACCAUAUAUGCUGCCUCAGCAGAGGGAUGUCUAGCAUAAAUCUAGACUGAUUUAUGGUAAGCAAACCCUUCUUCUUUUUCUGGAAGGGUGGGAAAUUGGCCUCCAUUUUGGAGUAGAACUGAGCUAAGACCAAGACCCUCCUGAAACUUUUUUCAAACUUUGUAAUUAAGUGCAAUUAGCAUUGAAUUGAAAAGUCACGAGUCUGUUCUUCAGCCUGAUCGAUUACCAUUACUGCAUGAAAUGAGGGGCUACUAAGUGAUGAGAUUCUAAUUUGUAUGCUUGCAAUAUGCUCUACUCCAAUAUGAAAAUGGCCAUGACGGUCAUCCAGACUGUGCUUCUUUCUGAACCACAAUUGUUUUUUUAGUAUUCUUUUUUCAGUGCUUUGUAAUGUUUCCUAAUUUUGUAUUCUCUCUUCAAAAAUAAAGCUCA